AUGGAAGAAUUGCGGAUAUCUCCGGCCGAGCCGCGAGGGAGUCCGGGGCAGGAACAACAGGCUGCCGGAGUUGGUAUUCUUCUCCAGAUCAUGAUGCUGGUUCUCUCCUUUAUCCUCGGACACGUCCUUCGCCGUCACCGGUUCUAUUACCUCCCCGAAGCAAGUGCUUCUCUUUUGAUCGGUUUGAUUGUUGGUGGGCUGGCUAAUAUCUCCAAAACAGAAACUAGUAUUAGGGCAUGGUUUAACUUCCACGAGGAAUUUUUCUUGUUGUUUUUGUUGCCACCGAUCAUAUUAUAUCCUUGCUCAGGAUUCAGUCUACAACCUAAACCAUUCUUUUCAAACUUUGGCGCCAUUAUCACUUUUGCAAUUCUGGGAACUCUUAUUGCUUCUGUUGUCACUGGUAUUUUGGUUUACCUUGGUGGCGUGAUGUUUCUCAUGUACAAACUUCCAUUUGUUGAAUGUCUGAUGUUUGGUGCUCUCAUAUCAGCUACUGAUCCUGUCACUGUUUUGUCUAUAUUUCAGGAGCUUGGUACAGAUGUGAAUCUUUAUGCUUUGGUAUUCGGGGAAUCUGUUUUAAAUGAUGCUAUGGCAAUUUCCUUGUAUAGGACAAUGUCAUUGGUGAGGAGCAAUAUGUCCUCUGGACAAAAUUUUUUCCUGAUCAUUCUCAGAUUUCUUGAGACCUUCGUUGGCUCAAUGUCAGCAGGGGUUGGAGUUGGAUUUACAUCUGCUUUGCUUUUCAAGUAUGCUGGCUUGGACAUUGACAAUCUUCAGAACUUGGAAUGCUGUCUGUUUGUCCUUUUUCCAUAUUUCUCGUAUAUGCUAGCAGAAGGGCUUGGUCUCUCCGGUAUCGUAUCCAUAUUGUUCACUGGAAUAGUCAUGAAGCACUAUUCAUAUUCAAAUUUGUCUGACAAUUCUCAAAAAUUUGUAUCUGCAUUUUUCCAUCUGAUAUCUUCAUUGGCUGAGACAUUUGUAUUUAUAUACAUGGGAUUUGAUAUUGCCAUGGAACAGCAUAGCUGGUCCCAUGUUGGAUUUAUCUUUUUCUCAAUUUUGUUCAUUGGAAUUGCUAGAGCUGCAAAUGUGUUUUCUUGUGGCUACUUGGUGAAUAUGUUUAGGCCUGCGCAUCGUCAAAUACCACCGAAACAUCAGAAAGCACUUUGGUACAGUGGACUUCGAGGGGCUAUGGCUUUUGCUCUUGCGCUGCAAUCAGUUCAUGAUCUUCCAGAAGGGCAUGGUCAAACUAUUUUCACUGCCACCACAGCAAUAGUUGUUCUGACGGUCUUGCUGAUAGGAGGAUCAACAGGUACCAUGUUAGAAGCUUUACAAGUUGUCGGUGAUGGUCAUGACGACUCAUUGAGUGAUAGGUUCGAGGGGAACAAUGGCUAUGUAGCUCCUUCUUAUGAAGGAGAAGAAUCAUCAACUGGGAACAGAUUCAAGAUGAAACUUAAAGAAUUUCACAAAAGCACCACGUCAUUUACAGCACUAGAUAGGAACUACCUCACUCCGUUCUUUACAACUCAAAGUGGAGAUGACGAUGAGCAUGAUGAGCUUUUUCACGACCCCAGAAGAGGGAAUUUUUGA